AUGGGUGCAGAAGAUGACAACGCCUUUAGAGGUUUUUUUAGCUCUUUGUAUAGAACUGUAGAUUCCCCAGUUACAUGGUUUAGAGAAAAGAUAGUCGAGCCCAACCAGAAAAAAUACCCGUGGUAUCAUCAGCAGUUUCGUCGCGUACCAACAAUUGAUCAAUGUUAUAGCGAUGACCCAGUCUGCGACUUCGAAGCAAACGCGCAAUUCAAACGAGACAGGAUGGUGGAUUCUGAAAUUUUGAAUAUUCUUCGUAUGAGAUUCGAGGACUGCAUGAUCUAUGAAGCCCCUGAUCAUCUUACCAAGUGCAAGCCACUUUGGGACAAAUACAAGGAUGCUGAAGAAGCCUGGUUCAUUAAAUAUGGUGAUUUGGGAGCAUUUGGAGAUGCUCGUAAAGCUUACAUGAAGCAAAAACACCGCAUGAUUUGGGAGAAGCGCCAUGGACCUCUGUCUGAACAGACAAAGUGA